GGGCCCGGGCUCCCGCUGCGGCUGCGGCUGUGCGUGGCGGGCGCGGCGGCGGGCGCGGCGGCGGCGGGCUGGCUGUACGUGCGGCAGCAGAAGGAGCGGCAGCAGCGCUCCCGCCGCCUCCAGCAGCUCCGCCGCCUGGCGCUGGGCCAGGGCGACUUCCAGCUGCAGGACACGUCGGGCGCGGCGCGGAGCAAGGCGGAUUUCCUGGGCCGCUGGGUGCUGCUCUACUUCGGCUUCACGCACUGCCCGGACGUGUGUCCCGAGGAGCUGGAGAAGCUGAGCCGCGCCGUGGAGCUGCUGGAGCGCGACCCGGCGCUGCCGCCGCUGCAGCCGCUCUUCGUCACCGUGGACCCCGAGCGCGACGACGCGGCGGCGCUGGCGCGGUACCUGCGGGACUUCCACCCGCGCCUGCAGGGCCUCACGGGCACCCCCGAGCAGGUGCGGGCCGCCGCCAGCGCCUUCCGCGUCUACGUGAGCGCCGGGCCCCGCGACAACGACGGCGACUACGUGGUGGAUCACUCGGUGCUCACGUUCCUCCUGGAUCCCGACGGCGUUUUCCGGGACUGCUACGGCCGCUCCCGCACGGCCGAGGAGGUGGCGCGCAGCGUCAGGGGACACAUGGACGCCUACGAGCCGCUGCCCCCCGCGGGAGGGCAAUAAAUGGCCGGGACCCCCCCAAGAGUGGGGUCUGUCGUGGUUUGGGGUCUGGGGGAGGGACAGCUGGCAGCCCCCAGUGUCCCUCAGGUGUGCUCUGUGGGAGAGAGAGCCCACAGCCUCUGAGGGCUGUCACAUGGCAGAGCGGGGACAGCUGACAGCCCCCAGGUGUGUCCCGUGGCGGGGACAGAGCCCUGACAGCCUGCAGGGGUGGCACAUGGAGGACAACUGACACUGCUGUCCCCCAGGUGUGUCCUGUGGGAGGGACAGAGCCCACACCCUGCAGGGGUGGCACAUGGCAAGAAGGGGAUGUCUGACAACCCCCAGUGUCCCCCAGGUGUGUCCCAUCAGGGGGACAGCCCUGACAGAGCCCA